AUGUUCUUCGAGCUUUACGCGGUGCAACCAUCAUUGAAGACGCGGUUUGCUGCUCUUAAUUUCCGUGGGGUGGCCAAGACAUGGUUGCAAACUGUACAGAGGAAAGGGCGUGUGCUGGAUUGGGAUCGGCUUUGUGAGUUGGUGAUGAACUGUUUUGACAAAGAUCAGUAUCAGCUGUUGCUCAAACGGUUCGAUGCUCUGAAGCAGACAGGUUCUGUUGAGGAUUAUCAGAUGGAGUUCGAGAAGCUGGCUCAGGGCAUUCUCUUGUACAACAGUGGUUAUGAUGACACCUAUUUCGUGACUCGGUUUGUAGCUGGGCUCAAGGAGGAGAUUAGAUCAGUGAUUGCUUUGCACAGGCCACGCGAUGUGGACACUGCCAGCGCUCUAGCCCUUCUGCAGGAAGAGGAGCUUGCCCGAGAAAAGAAUAAGGCCAGUGGGUACUCAAAGAGCAGUUUCAAGCAAGGGGCUGAUAGGUCCAAAUUACCAGAUGCUGACAAGAGCAAGGGUGAUGGACAGGUCAAGGAAUCUGACGAUAAGCUGGCUUAUCUAAGGGAUUUCAGGCGUAAGAACGAUCUGUGUUUCAAAUGUGGUGGCAAAUGGGACAAAAAUCACAAAUGCCCAGCACAAGUUCCCAUACAUGUAAUUGAAGAAUUGUUAGAUGCUUUGGAAGAAACUGAUCAGGACACUGGUAGUGAGGAAGCAGAGUUGGAGGAUGUGGUGAUGGCAGUUGGCCAUUCUGAUGUCUCAGCUUUGCCCAAAAGGAGAACAAUGAAGCUGCAUGGCAGGGUUGGUAAGCUGGAGAUAUUGAUAUUGGUAGAUUCUGGUAGUGUGGGUACCUUCAUCAGUGACAUAUUGGCAAACCAACUCCAGCUGCCUAUAACUUCCUGUGAGCCUGCUCAGUUUGUAGCUGCUGAUGGUGGUCCUAUGGUGUGUAAUCAGAGGAUUCAAAAUUUGCAGUGGACAACUCAAGGGUAUACAUUCACAUCUUCUGUGGGAAUUCUACCUUUAAGAUGCUUUUAUAUGAUUCUUGGGUAG